AACUGGCUUUCGAUAAUGCAACAUGAUAUAUAGUAUUCUUAUCGUCACUUUACUGCCAUCCAUUUUUAAAAUUAAUAUGCGUCGUUUGGUUCUGGUUUAUACAGUCGAAUGGGGCCUCCAUUCAAACGUCACCGUAUACUUUGUGUUUGGAUGGAUUUGGUGGAGUGUUGUUCAGUAAUGUACGAUAUUUGUUUUGAUGCUUCAGUCUUAAUCCGGAACUGUAGGUGGCGGUAUAAAGUUUAUCAUUGCCUGAAAUGUCACGUGACAAGCGGGACGAAGAAGGCAGCUUCCACAGCCAGCAUAAUACGAAAAUGGACACCCGGUUCACUCGAGGGAAAUCUACCAUCUUGGAGCGCCCCUUGACUAGACCCAAGACCGAAGUCAGCGUCAGUGCGUUUGCAUUACUGUUCUCAGAGAUGGUCCAGUACUGUCAGAGUCGAGUGUACUCAGUUUCGGAACUUCAGACACGUCUGGCUGACAUGGGCCAGAGUGUUGGAGCUGGCAUGCUGGAUGUGCUGGUGCUGAGGGAGAAGAAUGGCAAGAGGGAAACAAAAGUGCUCAACAUGCUGCUCUUCAUCAAGGUGAAUGUAUGGAAGUCUUUGUUUGGGAAAGAGGCUGACAAACUGGAGCAGGCCAAUGAUGAUGACAAGACUUACUACAUCAUCGAAAAGGAGCCCCUCAUCAAUGCUUACAUCUCUGUGCCCAAAGAGAACAGUAGCUUAAACUGUGCUGCCUUCACCGCUGGCAUCGUGGAGGCCAUCCUCACACACAGUGGCUUCCCCGCCAAGGUCACUGCCCACUGGCACAAGGGCACCACGCUUAUGAUCAAGUUUAACGAGUCGGUCAUAGUCCGGGACAAGGCUUUAGAUGGCAGAUAAGGACAGCAGGAGAAAACCAGGGAGGGUGUUUAUGUUUAUCAAUGCAGGAUAACCACAAACAAAUGAAUUCUGCACAGUCUGGCAGUUACUUCUUUAUUUCGGAGUAACUGCGAGAUUAAUUCCCGUUUUACUUUGUGACUGUACAAGAGACUGUGUAGCCUGUUUCCCACUGGUCAUCUAAGAUGACAUUUUCCCAGCUCGCCGUCCCAUGUGUUGAGGUGCCAAUGUUGGACGCGAGUUGAAGCGGACCAGAGUUUUUGUAUCGGAGGCGUAACUGAGGUGGAACACUGCUCGCUAGCCACCAGAGCUUGAACCUUUAAUGCCGGCAACUCAUUGUGUACACGUCUUUGUUGGAAGCACCCGCUGUUGUCACAACCGAUGUAUACAACAUGGGUAUGGAAUGACACCCACCGCAUGUCCUGUUUCAACCAGUUUUGCCUGAGACGCACAGGCUAAUAAACCCCCCGGCUCUACGGUUUCGCCUGAUUCGCUGAUUUAGACAGAGUGCAACGUGAAAAUGGCUUGGAGGGUGCACGGACAACAUCAUAAACAGAAAAUAUGCAUUUUGGUUUUCUAAGUCUUCAUCAUGUCCUAUUGUACAUUAUGAAGUAGCACUUAAUGGGGGAAAUUCCGCUUUGUACCAUAUACGAUUACUCUUGUUUCUAUUGUUUCAACACUGUGUUGUAUUUGUCAAUAUUAUGUAAAUAUGUGGAGGUAUUUCAUUGAAGCAGCGUAUUUACUGUACAGUACUUGAUGAAGGCCCUGUCCAAUCGCUUACGGCUCACACAAUUAAAUACAAUAUUCCUCUUGAAGAAAGUAAAGACAGGUGUUGUCAUCGA